AUGACUCACGCUAUUCAACAUCUCAUUAAUAAUUUCUUGUCUGUUCCAAGGAAUUUCAGAAAUAUCCAAGGAAAUUCCUUUGGAUUCACUCCCUUCGAUACCAAUCAAUUAAGACAAGCUCAAAUUUUAAGUGAUAACUAUUUUCGUAUAUCUAGAGAAAAUGCUUCUGAUGACCCAAUUGCAAAAGUAAUGGAACAAGCCCAACAAGAUGCUCAACAAUAUGAUCCCGAAUUGGUUCGUUACGCUCUUAUGGUUUGGAUCGUCCAUGAUCCUGAGGCUCGUAGAAGAAAGCUUAAAAUUCCUCCAUUAGGUCAACGUGCUCCUCAUAUUACUGUACCUAAAUUAGUAAAUGCCACUCCUGCUUCUGGUACUCCUGCUUCUGGUACGCCUGCUUCUGGUACGCCUGCUUCUGGUACUCCUGCUAAUCCAGAACCUACAACAACAGAUCCUCCCUUGACCAAUCUAGAUUGGUGGAGAGAAGAUCCACAAUUAAAUGAACAUCAUGAACAUUGGCAUAUUGUGUUCCCUGCAUUUCCCGCUAAUGGUGUAAGCAAGGAUCGUGAAGGCGAAAACUUUGCUUUUAUGCACAGGCAAAUGUUGGCUAGAUACGAUGCUGAACGCAUUGCUGUCGGUCUUCAACCUGUUAAACCAUUAUCCGACUUUUCGGAACGUAUCCCUGAAUCAUAUAACCCAGAUAAUGAUUUAGUAUAUGAUGCUGAUAAUGAUGCAAGCACUCCUAAUGCACAUUUCACUCCUCGUUCCGUUGGAAAACAACUUACUGAUUUAGCUGGUAAUGGUCCAAAGAUUUCUACCUUAAUGAAUUUUAGACAACAAUUACUCAAUGGUAUUGGUAAAACCUAUGGUCAAGAUGACAAAUCUGCAAAUAAAUUUGGAAACGAUCUUGAAACAACAUUACACAAUACUGGACACGUCUUGUUAACCGCAGCUCGUGACCCCGUAUUUUGGAGAUGGCAUCGUCAUAUUGACGAAGUCUACUCUAGAUGGCAAAAUCAACAAGCUCCUUACAAUUUCUCUGAUGCUCCACCUGUUGUUAUCAAAAGUACUGAUAUCAUUUUAGCUUGGAAAGAUAAAUUACUUGAUACUGAUAAAAAUGGAAGUGCUGAUGGUUGGUUAAGCUAUGCUAAACAAACAUUUGGUGGUUCGAAUUUUGAUGCUGAUGUUUCGAGUAACCCUGUUGUCACCAAUGAGCUCCAAACUAAGAUGAAAUCAAGGCAAUUUGUUUGGACUGAAGAUGAUAAUAGUUCUCAAGUUAUUAAUUAUUUAUAUCCACGUGAAUAUCUCUAUUUCUUCAGAGUUCAGAACACGUCAAAUCAGAAUGUUGAUAUUACUAUACGUGUUUUCCUUGCACCUGAAGAACUUGUUAACUCUCGUGUUCACUGGAUUGAACUUGACAAGAUUAAACAAACAUUAAAACCAAACGAAAAAGCUGUAUUUUCUCAAAAUUGUGAUGAAUCUGUAGUCAUUCGAAAACCUGCUCAAAAAACUUCUGAUGAAAUGGACAAAACUGCUAUAACAAUCACUAAACGAGAGGAAACAGGUGGUUUAUCUGGUGAUAAAGAAGCUGAAGCAUUCUUUUGUGAUUGUGGAUGGCCAUUCAACCUUUUAUUGCCACGUGGUACUAAGCAAGGGUUUAAAUAUAAACUAUUUGUUAUGAUUACCGAUGGUGCUAAAGAUACUGUAAAACCAAAACAUUCAAAUGUUGCUCCUAGAAAAUGUGGAAGUUUAAGUUUCUGUGGUGCUCAACAAUGGGAUGAAUUAUACCCUGAUGCUCGUAGAAUGGUUCGUGAUGUUACUAUCAAAUUGGUUGAUAACUUCCCUGAUGUUUAA